GCGCGCGAGCGGCGGUUCGCUGGGCGGGAAGGUCGUCGGAUGAGCCGCGCUGCUUUCGACGAUCCAUCGGAUAGCGAGGUCCUCAUCUUGCCAACGAAGCGUAUUGCUGGAUCCCUGUGGCGGUUGCAAUCAUGAUGCAGUACCUUGACUUCUCCCAUGCCAGCACCUCCAGGAAGUGGACCAACAAGCGGCAGCCCGGCGAAGGGUUUGAUGCUCCGAGGAACAGCGUGGAGUUCGCCAUGGAGGCACCCCACAGCUACGGCGUCUUCCAAGAGGAUGCCUCAGCCUCGUACUCUUGCAACAACAACAUGAGGCAGCACCCAAAAGCCUCUGCUCCAAUCAAGAAGCUGAUCCAUGAGGACAUAUCCUUCAGAUCGAGCGAAGGGCACAAGAGAGUACCCAGUGUGAUCGCCAGACUGAUGGGCAUGGACUCGCCUCCUCUGAAUUCAGCCACUGCCGAGAUCAUCACAACCCACUCAGACGAUAGACGGCAAGAGACCACCACAAGAUCAAUGUCAAGGAGAGAACGAGAUCCUGCCGAGACGAUCGCAACCAAGCAUGUCUCCUUCGUGCAGCAGAAGAAUUCUGCCCGCCACGCGCCGAAACAGGAAAUCCGCGCCUUGGACGACGAGGAGGAGAGGGAGAUUCUUGGGCAGCUGAGGAAGACGAGUAGCAGUGGUGCUGGUGAGGAAUGGAGCAAACAGCCUCCCCGAGAGCACCCGCAGGAGGAAGAGCUGCAGAAGUUCAAGAAGGAGUUCGCGGCAUGGCAGGCCAACAAGGUGCGGGAGCAAUCGAGAGCACUGGAGCUGGACUACCGGCAUGUCGACGAGGAGGAGGACGGCGGCGGCAGGUGCUCGGAGAUCGUGCCAUACAGGUACCACCAGCAGGAGAAGCAGCACAGAGGAGGGAGAGAUGGUAACAGGCGUGUGCACGACGAGGUCGAUGGCGAUGCGCAUUGGAGAAGGAGGAGCAAGGAUGGGGGCAAUGGCGGCCCCUCCAUCUCAGGGAGCCGGACGUUCUCUCUGACGAGCGCCGCGGAGGAUUGUUCUUCGACGAGGCUGCCUCUCUCGAGAUUUUACUACGAGGAGGAGGAGAAGCCGCUGUCGCCAGCGAGGAUCGUGAUCCUGAAGCCCUGCCCGGAGCUGAGCGCCGACGACGUGGACGAGUCGUCGAUGGGGUCGCCGGAGCUGAUGAAGAACGAGAACAACAUGGAGGCGUUCCUCGAGGAGGUGAAGAUGCGGCUCAAGAUCGAGCUGGAAGGCCACAUGGCCUCCGACGACAGAGCGGCGGACCGGUGGGCCGACCCGAAGCAGAUUGCGCGGAACAUAGCCGACCAGAUCAGGGAGACCGUCACCAUGGACAUGCACCACCCGGCGCUGGUGCGGUCGGAGUCGACGCGGUCGUACCGCAGCAGCGACGUGCAGAGCCAGAUGGACUACAUCUGCAGAGACGCCAGGAAGCAGCUCACCGACAGGCUGAGGAACGUGCUCAGGAAGGAGCCGGAGACCGAUCAGCCGGCGUUCGGCUCUCACAGGCGACGGGCCGCUGUGUCGACGGCGUCCCCGUCGUGGUUCGAGGAAGAGCCGAGGCCGAAGCCGACGAGCCCGAGACGCGAAGUGGCGGCAAGGAAGAGCAGUAAGAAGAUCAGGAGCAAGGAGGAGAAGAAGCGCGCGAUCGAGUCGUCGGAAGUCAGGUCCUUCAGACAUGGGUGGUACAAGAACUCGCCUGCAGUGGCAGCCGUCGAGUCGUCCGACGAGGCGGCGUCGCCGAGGAACCUGAUGAGGUCGUUCUCGGCGCCGGUGUCGGGGACCUCAAACUUUGUGAAGCUCCUCUCGGAGGGAGAGCCACGGGUGCUCGCUGGAGCGCGGAUGCAGAGUAAGCACGAUGGGCACGGGUACAACGGCACGCCGCCAUCGCCGGAGGAGAAGCUACCGAAGGGUAGAAAGGACGCAUUGGGCAUCAAGGGCAGGGUGUCCAACCUGAGACAGAACCUGGGGCUGAGAGGGCUUCUCUUUGGCAAGAAGCUCCACUCGGCCGCAGUUGACGAGUCAUCGUCGUCGUUCUUCCUCGACGACUUCCCGCCGAUCGGCACGCUGGUCACUGCCCCCUCCGUCCUCAUCCACCCCGGCGUCCUGCAGGAGAACUCCACCGAGGUACCACCUAGCCCGGCGUCGUGGUGCAGCAGCCCGCCUGACGAGAUGAUGAUCAGGGGAGGUUACCCGAGCCCCGUCUCACCAUUGGAGGCUUCCUUCAGCGGGCGCCGGUCUCCCUUGAAGCCGGCGACGAGCUCGAGUGAUUCUGAACCAGGCAAUGUUCAUCCGUGGUUGGAGCGAGAGCAAACCGAAGAAGUUCCACAGACAAGUCCAGCGCUGCAGGAUGACAACGAAGACGAUGACACCGCCGAGACAGAUCACCCGAUGAAGGCUUUCAUCAGGGCUGUCCUGGUCGUCGCCGGCAUGUACGGGCAGAGCCAGCACUCUGACCACUUGUCAUCAACUUCCCAGCUGAUCAAACCGAUCCCCACGUGUGUGUUCGAGGAAGUGCUCUCCUCCGCCUCACCUCCGGAUGUCGGCGCCUCCCACUCCGACGUCGACCACCAACUCCUGUUCGAUCUGAUAAACGAGGCGCUGCCAGGCGCUGUCCGCGGCACAACUACACUGUGCACCUUCAGCAAGUGGUAUGCCGCGCCGAGGAGAGCCCUGAACGGCAAGAGGCUGCUGGACGGGCUGUGUAAAACCGUGCUGGCGCGGGUGGAGCCACCGAGCGACGACGAGCCGUCGCGGACGAGCUCUGUCGACGGGCUGAUCGAGCGCGACAUGAGCAUGUUCCCGUGGAUCGGCGUGUUCCGCGACGACGUGGACGGCCUGGGGGAGGAGAUGGAGGCGGAGAUCCUGUCGGAGCUGGUCGACGAGACGCUGUGGGACGUGCUGCUCAACGUAGGGGACUGACUGACGGAGUGAUGGGGUUGCUGUUGUGGUGGACAUGCAUACUUGUACAUUUUGGGGUUUUUUUUUUUGUUCUUCUUCGGUUUUUUCGGAGUGCUUUUGCCGAAUGUGUGAUGAGUUCUCGAUGAGUGAGAAUUGGGGAGUGCGACUAAGUUUGUGGGUGUGGAAGGAUACCAAUCUGUACUGAGAAAAUGCAUAAUGAAGCAAAAAGAGACUGAAUAUGAAAAGUUUCUUUAUUCA